UAACCGCGGAGUGUUUACCCGCCGGGUUGUGCGGUUUUCGUCACUGCGGGAUUACCUGCCCAGGUGCUUUACCGCGGAUUCGCGCCGUUUUUAGCUAGAUCAACUGCCGUUCUCCGCACUUACCCGUCCAUUACAUCCAACCGGGUCUCCAUCUCCACUGCCCAAAAAUCCACUCUGAACUGUGAAUACGCUUUUCUUCAUUAUAAUUUUGUGAUUUAAUAGACCAUCGAUGAUGGGUGCUAGAAAUCCAAUCCUGAUAAAGUCCACGAUGGCUUGCGCAUUGUUCUCGGCAAUUUCUCUUAGCAUUUUACUAGGUGCCUCUAGCAAAAAAGUCCCCGACUACCUCCAAUUGUGCAAGAAAGAUACUCCUCAAUAUGACCAAUGCACCCAAAAUGCCAUUGAAGCCGCAAAACCAUACCUGGCGAAAGGUAUUCCAAAAAUGAAAGUCCCACCCCUAGAACCUCUAACAAUUCCGCAGCUCAUCAUUGACCGGAAUUUGGAGGCAAUUAAAGUCAAGGCAAAAUUAGACAACGUUACUGUCUUUGGUUGCUCAAAUUUUGACAUUCAAAAGCUUAAAAUAAACACUGAUAAGCUGACAUUGGACAUCAGUCUGCUACUACCAAAACUUUUCGUUGAGUGUGAAUAUGAUGUGGACGGCCGAUUGCUUGUGAUUCCACUACGAGGAAAGGGUCAUUUCAUCGGAAACAUGACAAAUGUAAAAGUUGAUAUUUCCGGUCAAGGUGAGCUGACGAAUGUCAAAGGCAAAGAAUAUGUUCUGAUCAAGAAAUUGAAGAUGAAACCCCGUGUAGGUGAUACAACCGUUAAAUUUAUCAAUGACAACAAAAAGAAUCCCGAAAAUAGACUGAUAACGGAGACGGCUGCCAACUUCAUCAACCAAAACAGGCGGCAAGUUCUGGACAUCGUGACACCAAUCGCUGAAGAGACCGCUCUGGAGGUCGGACUCCAAAUCAUCAGCACAAUCUUCUCAACGGUUCCUUUCGAUGAGCUCCUGCCGCAAUGAGCAUCGCGUUAAAUCAAGGGUUGUGACCAAAAAUUUCUGUGGACAGCGCGGCUUGGUCAAUUGGUCAUCCCGGGAGUUUUUAGAUGAAUCCAAUCUCCACGGAGUCCAGUGCGAGAACUAGGCGCUAUAGUAGUCAUUAUGGACAGCUCUGACCAAAAAGACGGUAGUUUAAGAUCUACCAAUCGAAUGAAAGUAUCGUCUUUUUCAAACAGUGCGGAGAACAAAAAUUCUAAUUUUGAAAACAAAUCAUGACUUUAUAAUGCAUUUUUUUAAACGUCUUCCGGGUCCAUUGUUUGGUAUUUCUUUAAUGACAAUUUUGGUGAAUUUUCUCGAGAUGUGAAGAAAAUUUCCUAGAAUCAUCGGGAAAAUCUGUUCCUUAACUCCAUAGUGAGAAAAACAUAUUUGACAGAAAGUUUAAGACGUUAAAAUAAAUUUACAUCCUGUUCUUUUCCAAAGAAUCAUCAUGAUCCAAUGAAUGUUUGUCCUGCGAAAGAAAACGCGUAAUUUUACACCAAUAAGUUGCUGAGGGUACCUUAACUUAAUCGUCUGAUCUCUAAGCAUUACAGUUAUUAAACAAUUACCUACAAAGAAAUAAUAUUUCUGAGAAAGACAUGGAAUGCUUCGAAAUUAUUUAAAAAUCCGAAUUGUUCAAUUUGAGUAUGAAUAGAUUAUGUCUUUGUUGAUACGCAGUUACCUCCAAACAUUUGAAAACACAGCAGUGUGACAUUUUUAACUUUACUCAUUGGUGAUUUAUUGAAUCUAACAUUAAUUAGACACUAAUAUAGCUUGUGAUGCAAUCAAUUUUCUGCCCCUAAAAUAUGUUCUCCAGUAAAAGAUCAAUUAAACUAAGAAAGCAACAUGAUUACAGUCAGUCUUUGUCGCAAAUGUUUAGCUCAUCGAUCAAAAUUCUCCUUCAGUUCAGUCAAAUUAACUUUCUUUUGAAAUUAUUAGGAUAAUAACUUCAUGCAGAUAAAAUAAAAUUUGCUUCGGUCAGCUCCCAUAAUUUAGGGUUUCCUCUGACUAUUUUUUAAGGGAAAAUAUGAAAGAAUCGAUCAGCUGCGGUCGCAUCGGUUAAAAUGAAUUUUGUAGAAAAACGCCUUCAUUUAAAAGCUUAUGCAACUUUUAACAAAAAUUGUAUCGCGCUCGGCGAUGAGAGACCAUAACGACUAACAGAGAGAUAAGUUCGUCUUUUGACCUACCCUCAACUAAAAUGUAGAGAGCUACUCCAAGCUUAAGGCUUUUACCAUUUCAAUGUCAGUUACCCUUUAUUACCUUGUAUUUUAUUAACCAAUUACACUGAAAAAAGGCUGUGCACUAAUACAAUUUGGUUCCUUUCUCGUCGUGAGUUGGAACCGAAUUAUUAUUAUUAUACAUGUAGAGUUACCGUAUGUACCUAUUUUAUAAGAAUUUAUUUGAGAGUAACUCAAUCACUCAUAUUUUUACUUUUGUACUUGAAUUUCAAUACUCUAUGUCUAAGGUUUCCAGUUAUGAUGUAAUGAUCUUUGUGAAUAAAUUAUUCAGCAUGCUUGCUCAUUUCAAUUCACCCCA